AUGCAUGCUGCUGAUGGAUCCAAAAAAGAAAUCGAUCCUUUGCCCUUUAUUGAUCAUGCAGCCAUGGAUUACCCAGACUUUUCCAAAAACUUUUAUACCGAACAUCAAGAUAUAUCUCAAUUGAGCGACACGCAAGUUCAGACGAUUCGUCAGCAACUCGAUAUGCGUGUCUUUGGCAAGCAUGUACCACGGCCUUGUAUCUCAUUUGCUCACUUUGGAUUUGAUGAAUCGCUACUCAAUUGUAUUAUCAAACAUGGCUACACCGAACCAACAGGAAUUCAACGUCAGGCUGUUCCUGUUGCAUUGAGUGGCCAUGAUUUAAUAGGUAUUGCUCAGACUGGAAGCGGCAAAACCGCUGCCUUUUUGUGGCCAAUGCUGGUUCAUCUUAUGGAUCAGCCCGAACUCGAGCGUGGUGAUGGUCCUAUUGGAUUGGUUCUGGCUCCAACUCGUGAGCUGGCCCAUCAGAUUUAUCUCGAAGCUAAAAAAUUCUCCAAAGCUUAUCAAGGCGUCCGAGUCACUGUUCUCUACGGCGGAGUAAGUAAAAACGACCAGUUUAAGGAACUUCGUGCGGGAGUCGAAAUCCUGGUAGCUACACCUGGCCGCCUCAUUGAUCUGAUUAAAAUGAAGGCUACCAACCUCACUCGUGUUACAUACCUUGUCCUUGACGAAGCAGAUCAAAUGCUGAAUCUGGGAUUUGAACCUCAAGUUCGAUCCAUCUGUGACCAUAUCCGUCCCGAUCGUCAAACUCUUUUGUUUAGUGCUACAUUUCGCAAGCGCAUUGAACAUCUUGUGCGCGCGUUACUCAACAACCCUACUCGUAUUUCCAUUGGUAAUGUUGGCCAGUCUAAUAGUGAUAUUACUCAGAUUCCUGUGGUUUUGGAAAACGAUGGCGUCAAGUUUGGAUGGCUGACUGCCCAUUUACCUAGACUCGUUGCUCAAGGACCUGUUCUUGUGUUUGUAUCGCGCAAGGCUGGUGUAGAUGAGCUGGCUUCCAAUUUGAGUGCGGCUCAAAUUGCUAGUGUUGUUGGCGCACUCCAUGGUGAUCUUAUGCAGGCUCAACGAGAUCAAGUUCUCAAGGAGUUUAAAAGUGGCAAAUCGCGAGUGCUUGUGAGCACAGAUGUUGCAUCCCGAGGAUUGGAUAUUAAGGGUGUCAAGACUGUCAUCAACUAUGAUGUAUCCAAGGAUAUUGACUCGUAUGUUCAUCGUAUUGGUCGAACGGGUCGUGCAGGAGAAAAGGGAACAGCAUAUACACUCAUCACGAUGCAGGAGGACCGGUUUGCAUCUGAUCUGGUUCAGCUGAUGGAAAACGGCAAUCAAGCCCCAACGGAAGCAUUGGUAAACUUGGCCAUGCAAAAUCCAUGGUUUCGCAAAAUGAAGCAAGGAGGUGGUCGUGGAGCAAGAGGGGAGGAUCGUGGAAGAGGUCGGGGAAGCAGAGGAAGAGGGCGUACUGGACUUGGGUUCCAGCGUGGUAAUAGAGGUAGAGGGGGAAACCAUGAAGUCGGUACAGGAUCCAACUCAUUGCAUUCAUCUAUUGCAUUCACUCGUAGCGGAACGUAUAACAAAUAA